CGAAAGUGAAAGUUCACAGUUACACGCCGGAUCAUCGGACAGGAUGCACGGCUGAAUAUAUCCAUACAUGUGGAAAAAAAGGAUCGAUAAUCUAAAAAUGUCAACGCUCCCAUUCGAAGGAGAUCACUAUGAAUCAUGAGCGUGUAAAUAUGUUCACAGAGAGACUAGACAACUUCACCAUCUCAGAUUACCAUGGCCUGAACAGUCCAGGUCUGACAUGCUAUUUGAACAGCGUGGUUCAGGUGCUUUUUAUGACUGAAGACUUCCGGGGUUCAAUAAAAAGUGUUUUAAAUUCCCCUUUGUGCUGCAGUGAAGGUUCGACAACCAUUGACGCGCUCCUGGGAAAACUGUUUGAUGACUUAGAGAGGGGUUUGGCUGAAACACACAGCUUUGUAAAAAAUCUGGGGAUCAGAGAUGCAUACGAGCAAUGCGACGCUGCCGAGUACUUAGAGAGGAUACUGUGUCUGACCAGCCCUGAGGCGUCCAAGACAUUCAGGGGAGAGCUGAAUCAUAAAACCACAUGUGGCAAGUGUAAGAAGAGGAUUGACUCCCGGAGCUAUUUUUGGAUUCUGCCACUAACGAUGGAGAAUUCAUGCAGUCAAACCUACAGCGUGGAGGGAGGGUUGAAGGCCUUUUUCAAGAAAGAACAAGUCUACGGGGAAAACAAGAUGUACUGUGCCCGGUGUAAUAAAAAGCAAGAUGCUGAGAUUGACUGUGAGAUGACACAAACUCCAGUGAUUCUGACUCUCCUGCUGAAGAGAUUUACCUUCGACUACAACUGGAAGAGCUACGUCAAGCUUCACUGCAAAGCUGAAGUUCCCCAAACUUUACACAUGGAGAAUUGCAAAUAUGACCUCUACGCCUUAGUCAACCACUUUGGAAACCUCACAGGAGGUCAUUACACUGCAGAAAUCAAAUCUUUUGAAACGGGGGAGUGGUAUUGCUUCAAUGAUGCCAUUGUUGAGAAGGUCGGACAGCCUCUGUUUGGGUCUGGAAACUCCUCUCUGAGGUCCCACACAGCGUACCUUCUCAUGUACAGGAAGGAGAGCACGCAUUCUGAUCAAAGCCAUGAAGUCGACCAGGAAGCUCAGUGCGCACGAUUGGACGUCGAGGCUGAAGGAAGACGUGACGAAGCAGAGAGAGGAGAGGCUCUUGCUCCUCCUCAUCAGCUGAAGGAUGAAAGUUGCAGUGAGGAUGGAAACUUGAAGCACUUGAAUGGUGAUGCGUUAAAAAAGAGCUACGAUGAUGCUGUUUGGAAGAAACGGACGGAUUCUUCUGGGGAAGUAGAAAAACGGCCAAAGAGAGCAGCGUGUGUGAGACCACGCGGAGACAAAGAUGGUGGACAUCAUGAGCCCAACAAACAGCAUCUUAAUACAAACUCAGAGCACAUUGCAGCACACUGUGACCUCAGGAUUCAGCAAAAACAUAAUUCCCUAAAGAAAAAACUAAAGCCUAAUGAUCUUGCCUGGGACAGAACAGGACAGAACAGCAUUGCUACAAAGACUGAUAGUAGCCCUAGAAAAAUUAGAGUGAAGCCUGCAGAAACUAAAGGUGUGAGAGGUGGAAGAGAGGUAGUAGCGGAGGUAAGCAUAGAAGGAAAAAGUAUCAAACAGAGAGCGAAGGCCGACGUCAGUGAAAAUGUAGGUGAUUCUGUUGUAAAGUCAUUUCAUGUUUCCUCCAAUAGCUGCUCUCUGACAAAGCAUCCGCACAGUAACUGUAGAAUGAAUGACCCCAGCCUAUGCAGCUCGGAGAGAAACCAGCAUGUUGUGACCUCAGGUGAAGGCUGCACACGGGAGGCCACGACAACUGUGAGAAAGGGAAAGAAACCCGUAAGUCUGAGGACGACAAAAAACACUAAAAAGAGAGAGGAGACAGUCAAACAACAGCCAUGGAGGUGAUUAAAUGUGAAGGAUGAUAUCUUUUAUUUUCAUGUGAUAACUGGUUUGAUUUUUUAAUCUGCGGUCUGUGAGUCAGUCUGUGAUCAGGGAUUUUUUUGUGUAGAUUAUAUAUGUCCUACUUAAUAUUACUGGUUGAAAACUGUUACCAUUUCACUUUGAUUUGUAACCGUAGUGUCAGAACUGUCCUGGUAUCCUAAAGGUUAAGAUGCAUUCAGUAUUCACAGUUAGGUUUCAGCCAGGGACUGUGUUGCUCAUCUCUCCCCCAUGUUUCCUGUCUGCUAAAUCCAAAAACAAAUCCCUCAAUAACAACAUUAUCUGCAGUGAAUACGGAACAUAUCCCACACUUUGGCCACUUUUUGCUCAGGAUUUCGACUGGUAUAUCUAGAGGAAGGCUGUGAGCGUGCAUCAUGAAUACAGUAGAGGGAGUGCACGUGAUCUUUUGAUUCUGUGGAGGUAUGGAGACUUGUCUGAGAGCUGCGCCAUCACUGCAGAGGAUGAAGUAGGAGCUCGUCUUUAAGCACUGGAGAACCUCAGUUCUCAACCUUUAACUUGAAAACUUUAAACCCGAUUUCAAAGUAGAUUUGAAAGUAAUGGAGGCAUGUGGUGUGUACAGGAAAUUUACUAUGAGGACUCAUAAGUUAUGCACACAGCCUUUAUUAUCCGCAUAUCAUAGACAACAGCUUUUUAUUUACAUCUUACAUGAUCAUCUUUUUGAUGCUGAAUGUGUAAUAAACAUCAGAAUAACAUUUUAGUCAUAGAAUAAUGGUAACAAAGUUUUAUUUAUAUAGCAAACUUCAUAUUACAGAUUGUCAAACAGUGUUCUUCACAAAACAUAAAGAUAACGGUUAAAAUAGGAAUAUGGACACAUUAAGAGCAAGAAGACAAGUCAAAGACAUUUAAACAAUAAAAUUUAUAGUCAUAAAUAAAUUACAGUUAUAUUUGUGGGUGAGAUUAAAUUAUGUUUUGCCAUUACUUAGUAAAACUGCAGGUCCAAG